UAACUUUGUUUACACAGCCGACUCCAUUCAUUCAUCGAAACAAAAUCACACCCUCAGAGGUGGCCGAUAAGAUUUUAAUAGCUUGUCAGGAGUGCCUGUCAUGUUCAUUAGGUCUGAACGUUCACAUUCCUAGGGCAUUUCCAGUCCGCGCGCACACACACACACAUACACACACACACAGCUGGAAAAGGAGGAGGAGAAAUCUGGUCACUUAGAAGGCAUGCAUCAUCACCACCCUAGCCGGCAACUAGUGGACUCUUAAAACUAUUUCAUCAUGUGGAUUCAUUGGAGAAAUGAGCUUCCUGGAUCAGACAUGCCAAAUCAUAAACUGGCUUGUUUUCUCUCUGCGUCUGCCUCGGCUGCUGAGAGUCUGUAGCAGCCGAUGCCCAAGGACCAGAAGAAAUUUGCUUUUGGGCACAGCCUUUGUGAUCUAUCUGGGUUUCCUUGUCAGCCAAGUAGGCCAUAUUGGACCACAGCACAGAGGUAGACCCCUGAAAGCAAACAUCCGGAAUGUGCAAGCUGCUGACCAGAGCCUUUCCCUCGAAAUCCCGUUGGAUGGUACCUUCUUGCUUCCUGACUUGGAAAGGUCCACCGUCGGGCCAAAUGACACUUCAGCACUGCCCAAUGUAGUGUACAUCACCCUGCGCUCCAAGCGCAGCAAACCGGCCAACAUCAGAGGCACAGUGAAGCCUAAGCGAAGGAAGAAGCAAGUUGUGUCUAUGCACUUUGGAAAUCCACUUAUUGGCACAAGCCAGGGGAAAACCUUCAUCCAAAAGUCAUUCCACGAUACAAGUGAUUUGAGGAACAAUGGAAGAACAGCCAUUCCAGAAAAAAACAGACAACACAGGGAAGACUACAAAGGGAAAGAGGUGCCAAGAAAUUAUAAGGCACACUGGAGAGCUGCAAUGAUGGUAAGAAAUAGAUAUGUUCAAUCCAGUGCUCAGGAGAGUAAUAUCAGGAUAUAUAGCGAGAGCCCACCGCCUUGGUUCAGCAAGGAAGACAUCUCACAUAUGCAUCUUCUGGCAGAUUCCAAAAUAGAAAGGGUCCAAGAGGCACCUUUUCAACACGGGGUACUUGUAAUAUUUCGAAAGACUACUGCUGUGGACCAGGUAACCAAAAGCACCGCUUGCAGCCAGGGACGCUGCGGGCUUAUCAAGAGGCCUUUUGACAUGAGUGAAGUGUUUGCCUUCCAUUUGGACAGGAUCCUGGGGCUGAACCGGACUUUACCUACAGUAAGCCGAAAAUCAGAAUUCAUACAAGGUGAUCAGCCAAGUCCUAUUAUUCUUUGGGAUCCUUCUUUGGCUCAGACUGACAGUGAGACCCAUUCUUCGGUGCAGCUAAACUGGGGAGCUUACAAGGAACUGCUAAAGCACCAGUGUUGGCAAAAUGGCAAAGUUCCCAAAGUAGAAUGGGGAUGUACUGGCAUCCACCAUUUUGAGUGGUCCAAAAUGACACUUCUGGAUUUUCUUUUACAGAUAUAUCACCGCUUGGAUAAGAACUGCUGUGGGUUCAAACCACGUAAAGAGGAUUCCUGUGUAGAGAAAGGACUGAGUGGAAAUUGUGAUGACCAGGAUAACAUUGCUUUGACACAUAUUAUCCAGAGGAAGGAUGAUCCAAGGCAUUUGGUUUUUAUAGAUAAUAAAGGCUUCUUUGACAGAAGUGAAGACAAUCUGGAUUUCAAAUUGUUACAAGGCAUAAAUGAGUUCCCCCACUCAGCAAUAUCUGUGCUGAAAAGCCAACAUUUGCGAGAAAAGCUUCUUCAGUCUUUGUUCCUUGAUAGAAUAUUUUGGGAUAGCCAAGGUGGUCGCCAAGGCAUUGAAAAACUGAUUGAUGUGGUUGAACGGAGGGCCAGAAUUCUCCUCACUUACAUUAAUGCACAUGGGGCAAAAGUGAUCCCAAUGAAUGAGUGAGACAGCCCCACUGAAGACAACAAUGUUUCCAUCUAAAGCAGGGGUGGAAAUUUGAGGUCUUCUAGAUAUUGUUGAACUGCAAAUCCUGGCAGGCUAUGUUCAUAGAGCCCUGGAUGAAGAAUGCUGGAGAUCUCAUAUAAUAAUACCAAGAACUCCACAGUUCUUCUCAGCCCUGAUCUAAGUAAACAUGUAAAGGAGUAUGCUAUGAAUGGAUGAACACUGAAAGAAGAAAACACACGGACUCUACCUGAUUCAAAAUUAGUCAAAACUUUAUUUUACAAUCCUAUACACAUUUGCCAAAUAGUAACCUCUUUAAAACUCAGUGGAUUUACUAUUGAGCAGACUAUAAUAUGAUUGUGCUAUCAUCUGAACAAAUAAUGAAACUAACAUUUUAAAAUAGGGAUUUACAAAGAUAAUCAGGGCGCAAUCAUACCUAAUUCUCUGGAUUAUGAAGUCAUAAAGCACUUCAGAAGAUAAGUUUCACUCUGGAAAAAUAAAGUUUCAAUCCAGAUUUAGGCUUGUGCCACUUGAAUAUUGCAAAUUGAUUUCUCCACCAUUCUUGCUUACGACUACCUAUUGAAAAUAAUACACAGAAGACUGCAGCACACUAAUGGAUGGAGCGGCAACUUUCAUGUGCACCACUGACAAAAGGAACCUCCACCUGAUUUGUUGGUAAUCCACCUCUUCCUCUCACACCAUGACAUUCAGCAAGCUUCCAGUCCCUCAGUGUAGAUGUCUUCAGCAGCUAGAAAGGCUGCCAUGCAAUCUUAGUUGUAUACACUAAUAUGGAUCCUGUUCUAACACUAGUAAUAGAUAGGUAUAACUUGCUAAUUUUCUACUGGAAGGAAGCAAUAAAACAUUUUAGCAAUUUCCUCAUUGCUGUGAAAAUGUCUUUGAAAACUACUGUUUUUGAAGACUCUUUACAGCUUAGGAAUAUUUUAUGCACAUUUUUCACAUGGUUGUUUCCUACAAAAAACAACAUUUUUGGUACAGGAAAUAUAUAAGAAAUAUUAUUUCUUUAGUAUAACAUUAUUCUAUUUGCAGGAAAUGCUGCUGAUUGGAUAGAAAAUGCCUUUCCCUCUAUGUAUAAAUCAAUGGCAUGCAAUUUUUGCACAGAAUGUGUCCUUGUCUACAACAUUUUCUACUCAAGAAAUAACUUUUUCUGCAUAGAAAAUUGCAUAAGUCCUGAACUGUGAAGAUUCAUAUCUGUUUUCCUCAAUGUUUUUCAACACUUGACAAAGGCAUUUGUGACCACUUUCAAAUAUUUUGUCAAUUCUUCCCAUCCCUUCAAUGCUAACAGAUUUCCCAUAAUUUAUUUCAAGGGGAAUGUGUUUAGAACAUUUUAGAAAUAUUGUUCACUUUGGGAGAAAACCCUGAAAUAUAUGACAAAAGUUGAAACUCUAAAUGUUGCAAAACUUGCAUAAAGAAAUGCUUUUACAGAGACUUUUCAGUUAUUUCCAGUUAAAAGUCUGACCUCAGAUUUCUGUACACGUCUAAGACUGUUUUAUUAAAAAGAAAUCAAAAGACCAAAAACACACUCUUAUUGUACUCAGUAGCCUGUUAUUAAAUUCUAAAGAAAUGUUUACUA